UUUCCCUAUAGUCUCUAUGCAAAUCUCCUAUUUUUAUUUUUUUUCCUUCUUACUCUGUUAGUCUCCUUCAUCCAUUUUCCACCUUUCAGUCACACUCUUUCAAUCAUACUUUUUUUCUUUCAGUGUUAUCUUUGCUGCCUACUAGUAAUUUCCAGAUGCAUUGAACUUUCUUUUCAUAGAUCCAGACAUCUUCCAGUCCCAGAAGGACUUGCCCUUGGCAAGGAUUACUAGCCUAUGGAGGCAGGCUGGACACCAUCUCAGUCAAAUUCCUGGAGUAACAGGAAGGGAGGACGACGAGGCGCCGUUACAGAAGAAACCAGGAGAAUCGCAGAGGUGAGCAGCCCUGGGCAAGGGCAGGUGCCCUGCAAAGACAUCGCCUGGCUACAUGUGCCAGCUGCCCUACCCUACCAGGGGCUCCCAGUUCACUGACUCUCUGUCUUCUCUGCCAACAGUUUGGGAUGUCCAUGACUCUUCACAGCCCUCAAGGAAGCCAUGUCCCAAGCACCCGGAGCUGGAUGGUGUGCCUAGAUUAGCCCAACUGUUCAACACGACCCUCGAGGACCUCAACAGAUACAUUGAAAUGUACAACUUCGAGAUUACUGAGGGCACUGAUGACUCCCUCAGUCCCAUCAGUACAACGGAAACCAGCUCCUCUUCAUGGAUGUCUCUGUCCGCUGGGAGAAAGAACUCAUGCACUUCUGUCGUCAAAAUGGAAGCCCGCUGCUCUUCGAAGGCCUCUCCGUCAUCUUGUAGCAAUGUAUCCCUCACUUCCGUUUUGGACAUGGAACCCUGCUGUUCUUCAAGGGCCUCCCUUUCCGCUUGGAGUGACAACUCCCUUGCUGCCAUUGUGGCAACAAAAGACAGUGGCUCUUCAGAGGCCCCUCUGACCCCAUGCAAGGACGACUCCCACACUUACACCAGGGUGAGUGAAGGUGCUUCACAGCUGUCACUCACAACUCUUCUGGACGGAGCAGACAUGGUUCAAGCAUCCACAGUCCAGCCUUGUCUGCUUCCCAGUACUGUCCCAGAGGAGCAGCAUGACAUGGGCACUCACCCACCCUGCACGAAAGAGGUGGCCAGCUGCCACAGGGCCGACAGAGUGCAGCAGCAACAGAAACAACUCCAGGACCAGCAGGGUGCUCCCACCCCACCUCCACUGGUGCCUGAUUCCCAGUCCAGGGAAACGGAGGUGCAGCAGAAACAACUCCAGGACCAGCAGGGUGCUCCCACCCCACCUCCACUGGUGCCUGAUUCCCAGUCCAGGGAAACGGAGGUGCAACAGAAACACCUCCAGGACCAGCAGGGUGCUCCCACCCCACCUCCACUGGUGCCUGAUUCCCAGUCCAGGGAAACGGAGGUGCAACAGAAACACCUCCAGGACCAGCAGGGUGCUCCCACUCCACCUCCACUGGUGCCUGAUUCCCAGUCCAGGGAAACGGAGGUGCAACAGAAAAACCUCCAGGACCAGCAGGGUGCUCCCACCCCACCUCCACUGGUGCCUGAUUCCCAGUCCAGGGAAACGGAGGUGCAACGGAAACACCUCCAGGACCAGCAGGGUGCUCCCACCCCACCUCCACUGGUGCCUGAUUCCCAGUCCAGGGAAACGGAGGUGCAACAGAAACACCUCCAGGACCAGCAGGGUGCUCCCACCCCACCUCCACUGGUGCCUGAUUCCCAGUCCAGGGAAACGGAGGUGCAACGGAAACACCUCCAGGACCAGCAGGGUGCUCCCACCCCACCUCCACUGGUGCCUGAUUCCCAGUCCAGGGAAACGGAGGUGCAACGGAAACACCUCCAGGACCAGCAGGGUGCUCCCACCCCACCUCCACUGGUGCCUGAUUCCCAGUCCAGGGAAACGGAGGUGCCUUUCCCACAUCAAGAAACCCAGGAGACCGUGCACUGCCUUGCCCCAAGAAGGAAAGAAGAGGUGAAACUGGAGCUGCCGACUGAUGGGAUGGGUCCUCGGCAGCAUAGCCCAGCCUCAGUUCCUCAAACGCCUCAGCGACCACCAGAGCCUGAUGUGAUAGUGGUUCCCAUGGUGAAGGACAUACCAUUCCUGGAUGUGGCUGUGAAAAGGCAGCUGGAGCGUCACAUUAUAAAAAUGCAGAUACAGUGGCGCUUUGGACUGCCAACAAAGGUCCUGGCCUAUGAGAAGGACUUCUUAGAACCUAUCCUGGAGCAACAAGAAUCCCAGCCCCUGUCUUCGCAGAGGCACACUGGGCAGCCCUACCGCUCACCCUUCCAGGAGUGGGACAGGUGCACCACAAAGUCAGCAGUGUGGCCCCCUGGUCUGCAGCAAGAGUCUGCAGCCCGGAAGAAUACAUGCACACGAGGGACACAGACACCUGCCCAGUCUGUGCCAGCAGCUAUUCCAAGAGUGGCACAAGGGAUGCCUCAGGAGGAUGGGAAGAGACCACACUGGAAAAGGGAGUCUGGAGGAACAGCCAGAAGCAGCAGCAUGACCAGCAAGAAGACCUUGCCUUGCACCAAAAAGAAGGAUCAGGGCUCUGGGACACAAAGUGAUGGUCAAGGUACUUCCCCUUCCAUCCAGGAAGAGCAGGCACCGCCACUGAGCAAGGGAGCUCCCCAGGGGCAAUCAGAACAGGACUGUGUGAGCCCCACCAUCUCCACUGAGACACAAGAAUUGCAACUGCAGAAGAAUGUUCCCACGGGAGAAGCAGAGCACUCCCAGGAAGGCCAGAGCGGCAUCAGUGGGGAUGUGGGGACACCUGAGCUGCCAUCCAACAGGACAUCUCCUUCAAGAAGUAGUUCCCCACAGACACAACAUUGCUCUGAUGAGACACCCUCAGCUCUGCCAGUGCCUCAAGACUCUGCUGGGACCAGUAUUCAGAUCCCCUACCUGGAAGAGCUGCUCAUGACACUCAUGGACUGCUACACAGCCAGAACAGCUGCUGAAAACCUGCAGAACCAGCUGCUGGCUUUAUGGCUGGAGCAGAACUCAAGCACAGACCAAGCAGCAGAGCCACACGGAAGAUCAAAAGAAUCACAGAAGGGCAAGAGGCACAGCCAGGGUGGAGCUGGCUCCAGGAGACGCUGCCCCAAGUGCAGCAGAUCCCUGCACCACAACCUGCCUGGCAGCGACGGCUCCGGGCCUUCAGCUCCAUCUGAGGCUGCAACCGCAGGUGCGGGAAGAGACAGGACAUCAGGAGAGAGGCAUCCACCCAAGGAAAGAGCCAAGAGGAAGCGGGGCCAGAAGGUGACUGCUGCUGACACCCAGCAGCCGGAGGGGAUCCGUGUGUACAGAAAGGUGAUACUGAUCCCUCCAGUUGAGGAGGAGAGGCUUCCAUCCCAGCGAGCCCUUGCCUGGACCCUGCCAUCAGGAGCACGGCGGCUCCCCAGAUGUGCAGCAGCCAGACACAGGAAUCCUAGGACAGAGACACCACCUCUGCCAGGCAGCCUCUGCUGUGUGCUCACCCCCAUCCUCCUUUGCCUUCAGUGUGCCUGGGACACGCUCCGAGAUGCAGGCAAGGCCCUACUUGCCUGCAUCAAGAAGUGAGGUGAGGAGCCUCACGGGAAGAGAACCAACGCUGGAAAGCAGAGUCUCACCAUGGGAUUAGGGGAUUGCUUGGGCUUCCUGCAGAAACGGAAAGCUGCAGUCAUCCCUGCCUGGAGCCACCAGGGAGCAGGAGCUCUCCCAUUAAAUGUGUCUUUCCAAGCGACUUCAUGUGUGUUUCUUCUUUCCUUUGGAGGAGCAGAGGCACCAUUCCCUGCUCACUGCUCGUACCUGCUUGCAUGGGCAAAGUGGGCAGCUCUGUUAGCACCUUUUGGAGGAGAGGCCAGGACUAGGAUGGCACUCCAGGUACCUGAGAGCAGGGACAUAGGGCUGGCCUUCCACCUGAGGCCUUCAGAGGCAGCGUGGGCUGCCCCCCUCCCUGGAAGUCCCCUGCACACCACAGCUACGGUUUGGGUCUGGGAGCAGUGUAGGUCCUUCAGGACAGCAACUGGCAGAGAGAAAGCACGUUGUGUGUCUGCCAGGGACAGAGAAGAUGGAGGCCCCAGUGCCUGUUGUUCUGGCUGCACUAGGACAGGCAGAACAGCAGACAGGCGCCUCUGUGGGCGUGACUUCUGCUUCUUGCUGUGGGAUGGGGUGGGCCCAUCUCCUCCAAACCCCUGCCUCUCCCUUUCAAGGAGGAUCGGGGCUGUGGCAUGGAGGCAGUGACCUGAAAGUCCUGGGAGGGUGCCAGGAUCACAGCCCUGAGCUCUGGGGCUCAGCAGCAGCUCUACUUGCCCUAGCAUGUGCUGAGGUGAGGAAAAGGCCAAGGAGGAGGACAUGAGCAGGAUCCCCAAGCCAUAGCAAGAGAGCAGUGAGAGCUGACAUGGGGGAACACCAGGGAAAAGCUCUUGCAAGUCCCUCUUGCAAGUGCUCUUGCAAAGUCUUGCAUUUCCACACUUACAUUUCACUAAGUGUGGAAAUAUUUAUGACCUUCACUUCCCUAUGCCAAACCAGUAAUUUGGUGCUUAAAAUUCAGUUGAAUUCUCUAAGCUUGGUAACCUGUCCCUGUGAAAGUAGUCAGUGACCAGUGGCCCUGCUUUUAUUUCAGUCCAGGACUUUCCCACUGUUGUCCUUCCCAUUAUCUCCCUGGUACAGCUCGGAAUGAGGGUAAGGGGGUGAGCUGGCUGUGGGGGUUCCUGGCUGCCCAGCCGUGGUGAGCCCUCCACACCUUAAUUCCCUUUUCAGCAAAGGACCAUUGAGUGGUCAUACUCUGGGGAGCAGUGCUCCUCUUGGCUGGGGUGGUCUAAACGGGCUCCCUUGGGCCUUCACCAUUGUCACUGUGUCACCAUCGUUGCUUUGCUGGACAUAUGAGGGCCAUAAAGCGGUUCAUGGUCUCUCAGAAGGGGGAGUGCAGCGCACAACUGGGGGUUCAACCCUACCUAGUGAGAGGCCAGAGGCUUUGCAGGGCCCUGCGCAGGGCCAGCUCUCGGCACUGGGGUGGGCUGGCCAUGGCCCCGCUGCGCUGAGCUGGCCUGGCUGGGCUGGCUGCUGCCUGGUGCUCGGGUGAAGGGCACCUCCUGGGGCUUAGCUCAGCUCGGGGAGGGCCACCUCAUCCCCGCUGUCCCUGCAUCACAAACGUUGCCAUGGCUGAGCGCUGCUGU